AUGUUCAACUCGGUGAACCUGGGCAACUUCUGCCCCUCGCAGACGCGCAAGGAGCGCGCCGGCGGCGGCGGCGGCGACUUCGGCGACCGCGCGGGCAACCUGUACUUGCCCAGCUGCACCUACUACGUGCCCGACUUCCCGUCCGUGCCCUCGUUCGCCCCCGCUCGCCAAAUCUCGUACCCGUACGCCGCCAACCUGGCGCAGGUGCCCCGCGAGGUGCCCUACGCGCUGGAGCCCUCGGGGAAAUGGCACCCGCGCGGGAAUUACGCGGCGUGUUACUCCGCGGAGGAGCUGAUGCACAGGGAGUGCCUCCCGCCCGCCGAGGUGCUGAUGAAGAACGAGAAUUACCACCACCAUCAUCAUCAUCACCACCACCACCCGGCGCCGGCCGCCGCGGCGCCGCCGCCGCCGCCCGGGUUUUACUCCGGGGUGAGCAAGAACUCGGUGCUGCCGCAGGGCUUCGAUCGAUUCUUCGAGAACUCCGCGCUGUGCGCGGCCGAGAGCGCGCCCGACAGGGCGGACGGCGAGAAAAGCGCGGAGGGCAACGCGCAGGAGGAGGAGGAAGAGGAGGAGGAGGAGGAGAACGCCAACCCCGGCUCGGCCUCGGCGUCCUCCUCGUCGGGAGCCAAGGAGGGCUCCAAGAGCGGCGCUCAGAGCGCUCCCAGGACGAGGAAGAAGCGCUGCCCGUACUCCAAAUUCCAGAUCCGGGAGCUGGAGCGGGAGUUUUUUUUCAACGUUUACAUCAACAAGGAGAAGCGGCUGCAGCUCUCGCGGCUGCUGAACCUCAGCGACCGGCAGGUGAAGAUCUGGUUCCAGAACCGGCGCAUGAAGGAGAAGAAGCUGAGCCGGGACCGCCUGCAGUAUUUCUCCGGGAACCCCUUGUUGUGA